AUGCUACAGUGCUCGCUCAAGGAGUACUUGGGGUUUACGGACAGCCGGCUGACGGAGGUGGCAGAUGCGGUUUUCAGCACUUUCGACGACGACAAGAACCACCUCAUCGAUGCCUUGGAGUGCCUGGCAUCACUGGCUAUAAUGUCAGGCAUGACCAUCGAACAAAAAAUCAGGUACAUAUUUGGGAUCUACGACUUCGAUGAGUCAGGAGUGCUUUCCGUCGACGAAACAAUUCUGGCUCUGCGAUCAACUAUUUCAGGCCUGUGCAAGCUGUGCGGGCUAGACCCUCCACUUGAAUCUGAGAUUGAGGUCAUCGCUCUCAUGGCGUUCCAGCAGUCGGCGGGCCAAGAGGAUGAGGCUGCCAUCGAUGCCGUUACGUUUACUGUAUUUUGUCAGAAGACCCCUGAAGUGACUUCUUGGAUCCAAUACUGCGGAGCGGUACACGAGGUGGACGUGUCUACCCCCAUCUUCACGGACUCUGACGCGGUGCACGUGUUGGCGCGAGAGAAACAGGUUCGAGGAUGA